AUGUCAGCGGGGCAGAAAGGAGAGGUGAAUUCGAAGGUAAAGUUGGAAGCUGCACCUUCAGAUGAUGCGGUGGAAGGAAAUCCAAAAGCGUUUUUUCGGUUGAAAGAUGAGGAGUUGGAUUCUGAGAAUGUAGACGAGGAGGAACAGGAACAAGAGCAGGAAGACGAACACGUGGAAGAUGAAGGUGAAGAAGUGUCAAAUCAAGAUCAGUUUGAAAAGGAUUCUUACAAACGCUUUGAAAUGUUGUUGAAGAAAACAGAAAACUUUUCGCACUGUCUCAGUGCCGGAGAUAUCGCCGCUAUGGCUCCGAGCUCUCCUGGGAAACGCGGGAGGCAGCGUCAGCAUUCUAGGCCAUCGGGGUCGGGUACUGAUGGAGAUCAUAGGCACCGAAAGACAGAGAAGGAAGAAGAUGAAGAAUUGAUACGGCUGGCGAAAAGGAAUGAAACUCUUAUUCGGUUUGAGAAGACCCCAUUUUUUGUCGAGAAUGGGGAAAUGCGUGACUACCAAAUUCGUGGAUUGAAUUGGUUGAUUUCGUUGGAACAUAACGGUAUCAACGGCAUAUUGGCUGACGAGAUGGUUAGUAUUCGCCCUUGA